GCAGCGCAGAGGAAAGGGAAGGGUCCCCAACACACAAGAUUUAAGUUACAUGGCGCCCUGUGCCCUCCACACAUUGCCAAUCUUCAAUUUUAUCUCUUCGGCUUUCAGUGGUGCUCUUCAAUGGCAAACUGACUAGCCAAAAUCCCCUUACAAAAAAUAAAAUACUACCUAAAAAAAGUGGCGAAGAAUGAAACUGAAUGAGAUUGUGAAGAGAUGGAGGAAGAGAAAGAAAGGUCAUUUUGCUGUGUAUACAAAGGAAGGCAAAAGGUUUGUCGUGCCUCUAUACUACUUGAAUCACCCCAUCUUCAGAGUACUAUUAGAGAUGGCCGAGGAAGAAUUUGGCAUAAUGGCUAACAGACCACUCCAAGUUCCUUGUGAGGAAGAAUUGAUGGGCAACAUUCUCUCUUUGCUAAGAAGAAGAAAUGCCUCCGAUGUCCAUGAAAACUUGCAGGGCAGCUUCAAUAGCAUCUUUCUUUUCAAUCUUUCAUGCUCAUAAUCAACAUCAUCAUCAAAAUGUAGUUCCAUUCAUAAGAUAUUGAGGCUUCAGGAAUGAAUUCAAGUGUAGUUCCUGGUUUAAAUAUUGUA